AUGCGUCAGCGAGUCUGCGACAUACUGGAUGAAUACGACGACAAGGUCGAUGAGUGCAAAACGAUGGCACAGAACCUAUCCUUGGCUAUGCAGGCCGCCUGGAACCAGACCGCUCGCCAGGAUGCCGCAGUCAAUGCCAGGAUAGCGCAACUCAAUACUACGAUAGCGCUAGAGACAAAGUCUGAGAGUGCCAUGAUGAGGAGCAUCGCCCUACUAACAAUGAUAUUUUUACCACUCAGCUGCGUUGCUUCUGGUGCGUAUGUGCAGAUGGACAAGUUGAUGGCUAGGCUAACCACAGAGUGA